CGUGGAUGCAGAACGGCCUGAGGCGCUUCCUUAAGUGGCCAGGAUUGCCAGAUUUGCACACGAAUCCACACCAAAGCUGACUUCCGUUAGCAAUUGCCAUAGACUAGUUUUUAUGAAGAAAAAAAUCAGAUAACAAAUCUUAUAAUUAUAAAAUUUCAUUCUUGACUGAUGUGCCUGUAUAAACGCUUUUUGUGUAGAAUUUAUUUAAGUUAAUUUUUCACAAAGGGGGGUAUUUUGAGGAUCUGGCAACCCAGUGUACUUUCGUCUGCAUCGCGCGGGGCUCUUGGUCACAUACUCCGGCGUGUUAAAUCUACAAGUACCUUUGUAUCAGUGACUGUGACCCAUUAUGGCUGAUGAAGGAUAUGUAGUACGCAUCAGGGGUCUCCCUUGGUCCUGUUCAGUGGAUGAAGUACAGAGGUUUUUUUCCGAUUGCAAAAUCCUCAACAAUGGAGGCGGCAUUCACUUCACUUACACAAGAGAGGGGCGUCCCAGUGGGGAAGCCUUUGUGGAGUUGGAGUCAGAGGAGGACCUUAAGCUUGCAGUAAAGAAAGACAGAGAAACUAUGGGUCACAGAUAUGUCGAAGUGUUCAAAUCCAACAACGUAGAAAUGGACUGGGUCAUGAAACACACUGGUCCGAACUGUCCAGAAACUGCUGGAGAUGGACUGGUUCGCCUUCGAGGCCUUCCCUUUGGCUGCAGCAAAGAGGAGAUUGUACAGUUUUUCUCAGGGUUGGAAAUCGUGCCAAAUGGGAUAACAUUGCCGGUGGACAUCCAGGGGAGGAGUACGGGGGAGGCCUUCGUGCAGUUUGCUUCACAGGAUAUAGCUGAAAAGGCUCUAAAGAAACACAAGGAAAGAAUAGGGCACAGGUACAUUGAGAUCUUCAAGAGUAGUCGCGCUGAGGUGCGGACCCAUUAUGAACCACAGCGCAAGCCCAUGGGCAUGCAGAGACCUGGCCCCUAUGACCGACCCUCUGGUGGUCGCGGCUACAACAUGAUGGGCCGAGGAGGAUCUUAUGACAGAAUGCGUCGUGGAGGUUACGGAGGAGGCGUGUCAGAUGGACGCUACGGAGAUGGCGGUUCUUCCUUCCAGAGCACAACAGGCCACUGUGUCCACAUGAGAGGCCUGCCAUACAGAGCCACAGAGACAGAUAUUUACAAUUUCUUUUCACCUCUGAAUCCAGUCCGGGUCCACAUUGAGAUAGGUCCAGAUGGCAGGGUAACCGGGGAGGCAGAUGUGGAGUUCGCAACGCAUGAGGACGCCGUAGCUGCCAUGUCCAAAGACAAAGCAAAUAUGCAGCACCGAUACGUGGAGCUAUUUUUAAACUCAACAGCGGGAGGCAGUAAUGGCGGAUACGGUGGCCAGAUGAUGGGCGGGAUGGGAAACCAGUCGUCUUACAACAGUGGACAGCUGGGCUCAGGUUAUUCUGGUGGAUACGGAAACCAAGGAAACAUGGGCGGCUACAAUGACUAUAGUAACCAGGGCGGAAUGGGAAGCAGUUACUAUGGCGGAGGAGGCGGCGGUGGAGGAGGAAGCAGAGGCUCUAUGAAUGGACUUGGAGGAGGAUGGGGAAUGUAG